AUGGUGCACAUCUGCAGGCUGUUUGUGGUGAUGGGGAUGUUGUUGUGUCUAAGUGCCCAGUUUGCCAGCUCUCAGCACUGGUCUCAUGGCUGGUAUCCUGGAGGAAAGAGAGACAUAGACGUGUACGAUACCUCAGAGGUUUCAGAGGAAAUUAAACUCUGUGAGGCAGGAAAAUGCAGCUACCUGAGACCCCAGGGAAGAAACAUUCUGAAGACAAUACUGCUGGAUGCCCUCAUACGGGAUUUCCAAAAGAGAAAGUGACACCAAGAUGACGCAACAGCCUGUGUCCUUUCCAGCAAACACAUUAGGCCUGCAUGUCCAUCCAAAUUAUAUAUAUAAUUAUUUUGUUAUUCUGUGAUUUUUUUUGUAUGUUUUGCAUUUCGUUCUGUUCUCAUAUCCAUUGUGAGUGAACCUAUACUGCCAGCACUAUGUAACCAU